AUGAACCAAAAAGAGGUUGAGAUGGCCGACCUGAAGGACGCGGACUACUUCUUCGAAGGCGCGGAGAAGCUUCUGGAGCUUUGGUUUCGGAAGGAAGACGAGCCUAAUGCCACUUCGUUGAAAGACAUUCCAAGAGAUGAGAUUGUGGGAAUGCUGGAGGUCGCGCAAUGUCACAUUCUACAUCACACUUCGAACCAGCAUCUGGAUUCUUAUGUUUUGAGGUAAGGAGGUUGGAUUUUAAAUUUUGGAUUUUUUUGAAAAUUUUAAAAGUUAGGUUGUUCAAAAAAUAAUGAGCUACUAAAUUGCACUUCAAAAAAUUUUUUUUGAGCAACAACAAUAAGUAAUUAUUAAGCGAAAAAUUAUGAUCAGCAUUAGAAAAGUUAUUCCAACGUGUUUAAAGCUUUUUGAUGCCAGUAGCGUAGGCUUCAGAACUUCUGAAGCCAAAGAAAGUUUUGAUGGCCUCUUUGAGAUAUCCUUUGGAAAAUCGAGUUUUUUGCUCAAAAUUAAAAUACCGGAACUGGCAAAACAAAUUUUAAAAUUUAAAUUGCAUUUUGACUGAUAAAAGGGCUAGCAAAUUGAUAAAGGGCCAAUGUUUGAACCUGUUAUCAAACACGUGAACUUCAGUGGCUUACAGUAUAAAAACAGGUCUUUCUGUACAAUAUUUUUCAUUAUUUAGAAACUUAUUUUGUUUCGAACGAUUUUUGCCGUAUUUUACAACGCAAAAAGAUCAAAGUUUAUACGAAAUUGUACGCUUUUCACUAAAAUAUUGUUUUAGAUAUAGUAAGGUUAACGUUCUAUGCCUUUACCUUGAAAUAAACACCAAAACAUUUUAAAACUAAUAGCCAUGACUGUAAUGUACAUUAUGUUUACAGUGAGAGCAGUCUGUUUGUGUCAGACACUCGCCUGAUUCUGAAAACUUGUGGAGCGACACGUCUUCUAGCCGCAAUACCUUGUAUCCUUAGUCUGGCUAGAAAAUAUGCUGGAAUGAGAGAGGUUGAAGAUGUAUAUUACUCGAGGAAAAACUUUUUGAAGCCACAUUUACAGCCAGAACCACAUCACAGCUUCGAACAUGAGGUUGCUGUGCUUAGCAGAUACUUUCCGGGUGAGUAAUAUAAUUGAUAUGAAAGAGGGGGGGGGGGAUUUUUUUUGUCUUUAAAAAGAAGUUUUGGAGCAUAAAUUUAUAUUAGGAUCUUUAAACUUUAUAUGUUUUUUGUAAGUAGGACACUACUAUUUAUGAAAAACGUUAAGAAACAAAGAAAUUCGAUAGUAAGUGAACGAAAUGCCACAUAUUGAGUUUGCAAAAUUAAAACUUUAAUGUUUAAUAUAUAACCUUAUCUUCUUCCAGGUGGCUCAGCGUACUGUAUGGGACCACUAAACACUGACCGUUGGUACCUCUUCACCAAGUCCAAGCGUCAAGCUCCACCCUCACACGCCGACCACACUCUCGAGGUUCUGAUGACCGAGGUUCCUGACGAUGUCCUCAAGACAUUCAGUAAAUUGAAUUGUGACAAUGGCAAGGAAUGCACCAAGAAGUCAGGAAUUUCUCAAUUGGUACCGUUUGGUACCGAAAUUCAUGAAGAACUGUUCGAGCCGGUUGGUUACAGUAUGAAUGGACUUGUGAAGGAUACCGAGCAAUAUGUUACAGUACACGUCACUCCUGAACCUGACUUUUGUUUUGUCAGUUUUGAGACUAAUCAGAGAGGAAAUUGUCUGUAUAAGCAGACUCUCAAGGUUCUGGAUACCUUCAAGUAAGCUUUCUUCUGUUAUGUAAAGGUUGAGUGAUUUGGUUAUGAUAAUAUGGGAUUUUGAUAAGCUUUUAAUUUGUUUCGUAUUAAAAAUAGUACUUUUUUGCAGAUUUUUGUAUUAUAAAUCUUUGUGUCUGUAUGUCAAUUACAGUAGAGUAAAUUCGUAUUUUGAUGACAAUAUUUGCAGGCCGAACUCAUUUAUGUUGACAUUGUUCUCAAACGAACAGAGCCGUCACGGUAAGAUGGUACAGAACAGAUUGUGGCAAGAAAACAUUCCAGGCUACGAGAGGACCAGUUUACAGUACAUGCAUGUCGGGGUAGGUGUAUUGUUGACAUACUUAGGAACACUAAGCUAUCUAUUAAUUCGUUCACUUAAUUCUGCGCCCCCAAUAUAAAAAAAACUCUUAUAUUAGUUGUACAAGUAAUUCUGUACCGUUUAACCCUGCAAAUUUGCUCUGAGAGAUGGUACAGAAGUACUUGAACAAGUCAGUCCAAAUCAACAUAAUAGUUACUCAAAUACUCGUACAGUACUUACUUAAACGCUCAUAUAAUACCUACCAAACAAUCACACAUUAAUUUCAGUACGACACCUUGAUAUACGCUCAGUUCCGUAAAAAAGACAAUGGCGCUACGUUCGCCAAGCUUCGUCAGAAGAUUUACAGCGAAGCCAACUCGGAAGUCGAUGACGAUGACAGUAAUGGUAGUGACCUUUGA